AUGACAGAAAAGAAUUAUUCAGCGGUUCCCCCACCGCCAUCUUUAACUUCAGAAAAGUCUUCUUCUAUUGAUUUUAAUGAUGCUUUAUUAAAAGCAAGGGCUAUUGCUGAAAAGUUGAAACGGCAAUCAACUGCUGGAUCCUCUUCUGUCAGUUCUCAUUUAUCAACUGGUACUAAAAGAAGCUAUAGCGAUGAUAACUCUGUUACAACUAAAUCCUCUCAAGAUGAUUACGGCAGUAAACGAAGUGCAUAUGAUGGUGGUUCUUCAAGACCGUCUUAUGAUGUUAAAGAAUCACGAAGAUAUGGUCUUGGUUCAGAGGAACGAAAAUCUUCGUAUAAUUCUCAAAAACAAGAAGAAUAUAGUGUUCCUAAUCAUUUGGUUGGUUUACUAAUUGGCAAAGGGGGGGAAAAUCUAAAAAAGAUUGAACGUAUGUCUGGUGUCACUAAGGUCCAAUUUGCUAAUGAUCCUGUUGGUAAUGAAAGAGUUGUUUAUUUAUAUGGUGAAUCAGAUCAAAUAGCUAUUGCUCGUGAUAUGAUUCGCCAAAUGGUAUCUGAUGCUCAAUCAAACGAAAAUGAUCGAUAUUCAGGCAGCAGUAAUAAUGAUCAAGAAAAUGAAUCUUCAACAACUAUCCAGAUUCCUGCAAAUAAAGUAGGUCUUGUCAUUGGACGUGGUGGCGAAACAAUUCGCGACUUUAAGAAGCGUAGCAAAGCCAAUAUUAUAAUUGCUUCAGAUAAUCAACAUAAUGAGCGAAUGAUUACUCUAAUAGGAUCUGAAUCUGCUAUUCAAGCUGCAAAAUCACUUAUUGAAGACAUUGUUUAUGGAAAUAAUAACUCAACUACUACUCGAAAUUGGAAUGCAAAUAAUCAACAAGGCAAUAAUGGCUAUAGUAGUCGUAUAGGAAAAUCGGAUGAAGAGCACGCCUCUAUAAAUAUUCCUGUAUCAAUCGUUGGUCUUAUCAUUGGAAGAGGUGGAGAAACUAUUCGGUCUAUACAGGAUCAAUCAGGUGCUUGUGUAAAGAUUGAUACGCAGGCAGAUCCCAAUUCUACUGAACGUACUGUAAAUAUAUCUGGUGAUCCUAAUUGCGUUUCUAUUGCAAAGCAACUUAUCGAAAAUAAAAUAGCAGAGGCUAAUCAAGGAAGAUAUAAUUCAAGAGGAUACAAGCCUCAACAGCAAGAAUAUGAUCAAUAUGAUGAAAGCGGAUAUGAUUAUCAGCAGCAAUAUAAUCAAUAUUAUGGACAGUAUUAUAAUGAUGGUUCUUCUUAUCAACAAUAUCCAGAAUAUGAUAACACUUUAUCAGGAAAUGAUCCUGCUCAAUCAAAAGACGCCUAUCCCUCUUCCGGUCAAAGCAAGACAAAUGACUCAGAUGAGCAAACAAACUUUGAUUAUACAGCUUACUAUAAUCAAUAUUAUAAUGGUCAACAACUUACGCCAGAACAACAAGAAGCUUAUUAUAAAUGGUAUCAGCAAUAUUAUGGUCAACAACAGUAUCAAGCUGAUUCAAACAAUAUUGAUGGAGAACCAAUUACGUCCGAAGAAAAGCAUGCUGAAGACAAGUAG